AAAUUCAAUAGCCAAACGUACCAGAAGCGUGAGUUUGAGUGAGAGAUGGCGUGGUGUGCAGCUAGGUCGAUCCACGUGCCGGCGAUCGAUGUGGGCGCGCUGCGCAAACGGGCUCCAGUGGCAGCCGGCGUAGGAUUUGCCUCCGUGGCAGGCACCACCUUGUGGAACUCCUUCCCCUCUUCUUCCAAGCGCUCUACGCCCUUCGCUUGCUUGGGCAUUUCCACUGAUUCUCGUAUAAAGGAAGCUGUUCAAACAGAGAAGGCUCCUGCAGCACUGGGACCAUAUUCUCAGGCCAUCAAAGCCAACAACUUUCUCUUCGUGUCUGGUGUUCUUGGACUUGUUCCAGAGACUGGGAAGUUCAUCUCGGAUUCUGUGGAAGAUCAAACAGAGCAGGUUCUCAAAAAUAUGGGGGAAAUACUGAAAGCUGGUGGUGCAAGUUAUGCUGCAGUAGUUAAGACAACAAUUAUGUUAGCUGACUUGAAAGACUUCAAGAAAGUGAACGAGAUUUAUGCUAAAUAUUUCCCUUCGCCUGCCCCUGCUCGUGCAACCUAUCAGGUAGCAGCAUUACCGUUGGAUGCCAAGAUCGAAAUUGAGUGCAUUGCUGCAUUAUAAACUCCUCUGAUGCAUGGCAAACACAUCUUCAGACGGCUUGGAUUAAUAAUGUGGAAGGGGUAUCUCCAAAUUUUGGAGUUUGACUUUGUUUGUUUCCCCGUGGAUGUUGUUAUUCUAAGAACACGAUCACGGUUUAACUUGUGAACUAAUUGGAGAGCAUCAACCAACAUGAGGACAUUCUAGAUGCACUGUCCACGUUUGAUUGAAUUAAAUGGAGAGAAAGCAUUUGGCUACACUUA